AUGGGGACCACACCAUGGCUCCUCUACAUCGCCCUGCUCCCAGUGGUUCUUGCUCAAAAUGCCGUAGCUCCAGCCAACUCCUCCCACUUGAACCAGGUUUGCACCACCUGGGGGAACUCUCACUGGAAGACGUAUGACGGCCAGUUCUACACCGUGCCUUCCGCCUGCAAUCACGUGGUGACGUCAGUGUGCGACGACAGCAGUGGCAUCUUCUUUACCAUCCAGAUGAAACGCUCGCUCGACACAGAUAAUCAUACCAUCAAGCAAAUCCUGAUUAAAGUAGAGGGGACAAUCAUUGAGCUGGACAGUUCCUCUGAUACCACUGCCAUUGUUGAUGGCCAGACGGUGAAACUCCCUCAUGUUGUGUAUGGGGUCAGUCUGUUUUCCACCCUCUCCAGUAUAACAGUGGAUGCCACUGUGGGCUUCAAAGUAAUCUGGAAUCUGGAUGACUCCCUGGAUAUUGAGAUGGACAAUCAGUUCCGGGGCCAGCUGUGUGGAUUGUGUGGCAACUUUGAUGGUGCUUUGAAUGACUUCAUACAAGACGGGUUCCUGUUGUCCUUGCAGGAUUUUGCAGAAGCCUACAAAGUGAAUGGUCCUACAGAAAGUUGUGACGUUCCAUCGCCGCCUCCUGUCCAAAGCUGUGUGGAGGAGGAAUUCUGUCAGAACAUAUUUUCCAGCAUUCCAUUCAAAGACUGUGUCGAUGUCUUGAAUGUGGAGGAAUUUAUAUCUAUGUGCAGGUUUGACAUGUGCUGCAACAUCUCUGUUCCCUGCAAAACUAUUUCAGAGUUUUCCAGAGAGUGUGUCCAUGCUGGUCGGAGACCACCGACGUGGAGGAGCGAGUCUAUGUGCAAUGUACAGUGUCCAUAUAACAUGGUGUUCCAAGAGUGCAGCUCGGCAUGUCAGGACACCUGCUCCAACAACCAGGCCAGUCAGACUUGUGACAGCCACUGUCUGGACCGGUGCACCUGCCCCUCAGGGAUGUGCUCUUUGGUGGGAGGGGCCCACAUCAACACCUUUGACGGAAAGAACUACUUCUUUCAUGGAGAUUGCGGCUACGUGCUCACCAAGAGCAAUGGGUCAGAAUUCACAGUGGUGGCGGACGUGGAGAAGUGCGGCCUGUCUGACAUCGGGACCUGCCUACGUGGAGUCACCCUGGCUCUGUACUCCUCCUCUCUGAUUGUGAAAAUCAAAGCAUCUGGGCAGGUGUUUGUGAACAACAUGUUUUCACAGCUCCCUCUCUUCACCCCCGACAUCUCUGUGUUCAAGCCUUCCAACACCCACACUGUGAUCAGCACCAAAGUGGGCCUGCAGCUCUUAGUGCAAAUCAAACCGAUCAUGCAGGUCUUUGCCACAGUAGACGCCUCCAUCAGAGAAACAACCUUGGGUUUGUGUGGGGACUUUAAUGGCAAGGAACUGGACGACUUUAAGGCAUUAAGCGGUUUGACGGAGGCCACGAGUGCAGCUUUUGCCAACUCAUGGAAAACUCGAGCCAUGUGUCCGGACAUCCAGCAGAAACUGCAAAACCCAUGUACCCAGGCCAUCAGCAAAAAGGACUACGGUGACUACUGGUGCCAAAAGAUGGGCGAACAACUGUUUGCUCAAUGCCAUUCUGCUGUUGAUUUCAACGACUGGGUGAUGAAGUGUAAAUAUGACGUGUGUGCCGGGGAAAACAGUGAGGAGUCUUUGUGUGCGUCCGUGUCCUCCUACGUCCAGACAUGCUCCAUGGCAGGGGUCUACGUCCAAAACUGGAGAGAUCUCAUGUGUGCUAAAUACAGCACAUGCCCGACGGGAACCGUAUACAGUUAUAACAUGACGAGCUGCCAACGCACCUGCAAAUCCCUGAACCAGAAAGACUACACAUGCCAGAACAACAUCCCUGUGGUGGAUGGCUGUGGCUGUGCUGAGGGGACUUACCUGAACUCAGAUGGCCAGUGUGUGCCCCCCACUGACUGCCCCUGCUACGAUGACGACAAUAUCAUCCCACCAGGACAGAGCAUCCACAAGGACGGAUACAAGUGUAUCUGCAGAGCUGGAGUUCUGAAAUGUGCCGGAAGCUCAGUGAAAGACAACUGCACCGCUCCCAUGCAGUACUUUGAGUGUUCUUCUGCCCCUGGGGAAACCGGGAGUGAAUGCCAGAAGAGCUGCAACACUUUAGACAUGCCUUGUAUCAGCUCAGGCUGCACCUCUGGCUGCAUGUGUUCACCUGGCAUGGUGUCUGAUGGGAAUGGUGGGUGUAUCACAGAGAGCCAAUGCCCCUGUCUGCACAAUGGGAACAUCUACCAUCCUGGAGAAACCCUCACUGUGGACUGCAACACCUGUUCUUGCAAAGACCGAAAGUUCACUUGCACCUCUAAUGUCUGUGACUCUGUAUGUGGAAUUUACGGAGAUGGACACUAUGUCACAUUUGACGAUAAGCGAUAUGACUUCAAUGGACAAUGCCAGUACACACUGCUGCAGGACUAUUGCAAUGGCACGAACAGCGGUACUUUCAGAAUCAUCUCUGAGAACAAGCCAUGUGGGACAACUGGCACGACCUGCUCCCGAAGCAUUAAGAUAUACCUUGGGGAAGAAGAAUACCAACUGCGUGAGGAGAAAUUCCAUGUGGUCAAGGGCGGCACAGUUAAACCUGCGCAGGUGCGAAAGAUGGGCUUAUAUUUGGUGGUGACCUUGGAGAUGGGCCUGGUUCUCAUGUGGGACAUGAAGACAAGCCUUUUCAUUAAACUUAACCCCGAGUAUGAGGGUCGUGUAUGUGGAUUGUGUGGACAAUAUGAUGGUAAAAGUGCCAAUGACUUCACUACGCGCAAUGGGGAGCUUGUGAACGACGUAUUGGUGUUUGGGAACAGCUGGAAGGUCUCGUCUAGUUGCCCCAACGCUGGACUCAUUAGCGACCCCUGCAGCACCCACGGCUACCGCGCAGCCUGGGCACAAAAACAGUGCAGCAUCAUCAUCAGUGCCACUUUCAAAACAUGCCAUUCACAGGUUGACCCUGGCCCAUACUUUGACUCAUGUGUCAGAGACUCUUGUGCUUGUGACACUGGUGGGGACUGUGAAUGUUUAUGUACGGCUGUGGCUGCUUACGCAAAGGCUUGUAAUGAAGCCGGUGCAUGUGUCAGAUGGAGAACACCAACGCUGUGCCCUGUCUUUUGUGACUAUUACAACAAACCUGGAGAUUGUGAAUGGCACUAUAAACCCUGUGGAGCCAGCUGCAUGAAGACCUGUAGAAAUCCAUCAGGGAACUGCUCUAGUCUUAUCACUGCAGUUGAAGGCUGUUAUCCGCAAUGCCCACCGAGUCAACCAUUUUUUGAUGAGGACAGCAUGACAUGCGUUACCAAGGAUACAUGUGGCUGUUUUGAUGAGAAUGGCAAUCAUUAUCAUGUUGGAGAGCCUGUUCCUUCGGGCAACUGUAACACUUGUGUUUGCGCCAUAAGUGGAAUACAUUGUGACUACAAUACAAGUGCUUGCAAAUGCUACAUAAAUGGGAACAUCUACCAAUAUGGAGAAGUCAUAUACAACACCACGGAUGGACUUGGAAACUGUAUCACUGCAGAAUGUGGGGAAGAUGGAGAAGCAAAAAGAAAAGUGUAUCCUUGCGUCUUCACAACCACAGCUGUUCCGACAACAUUUGUUUUUACUACAACAAAACCAAUAACCACAGGCCCAGGCCCAAUAACCACAGUUACAACAGGCCCAACCACAGAAUCUACAACGACUGCAGAAACAACUACAACAGGUCCCGUGGAACCAACUACCAGUGAAGUAACAACAGUGGUUUCAACUACACCGUCUGUCACAACUGAAACAACGUCUGUCACAACUUGUUGA